AUGUACUUGGAAUGGCAGGAUCAGCAACAAAGCAGCGUCGACGCCGCACAAACCCCAAAUAUGGGCGGACACCAUCUGCUCACAGCCGACUGUACCCACCACACCAACGAAACCAAUUCAGAAAUUGAAGAUGUGGAAGUGGGUUCUUUCUACGAGGUUGAUCAUACUAAGUUACCUACCAGAACCCCACUUCAACUCAGAUCCAUCCGACUCGUCAUGGUACUAUCUACUGAUCUGUUGAACGUGUCAGUGAGAUAUCCAAGCGUUGAGUCUCUUCAAUACUAUUUCGCCAACGGAAUCAGAGAGAGGUCGAUGUGCCCUAAACUGGACGACAAGUUCGUUAUGGGGACAAAGCUCGCCGGAAAAGCCCUUUUCAGGCAAGUCCCACCUGAGGAAUUUGCCCAGAAUAAGCAUCUAAAGGGGUUCUGGUUGGUGAACUCCGCCUCUAAUAGUUCUAAGUCUGAGGAUAAUGUCUUAUCAAACAAGGGCACAUGCUUUGCGGCGCUAAAAUGCAACGGUAUGGUUCGUUGGGGUGUUCGCCGUCGAGUCGCAUUUAUCGGCAAGCAUAGAGAGAAUCAAUCUCAAUCUGCUUACAGCUUCGUUGAAGAAGAAGAAGAGAAAGCAAAAGAGGAAGAAGUUGAAGAAGAAGAAGAGAGAGAAGAUGAUGAUGAUGAAGAAGAAGAAGAGAAAGGAAAAGAGGAAGAAGCUGAAGAAGACGAAGAGAUAGAAGAUGACGAUGAAGAAGAAGAAGAAGAGACCAAGAAGAAUCGCAAGAGAAAGCGUAGAAGAUCAAGCCUUGUUCAAAUGCCAAAGAAAUUAAUUAAACGCGAGAAUCGAAGGCAGAGUAAGAGUAAAAUUAACUAUUGCAGACAAAUAGUCCUCAGUGACCCCAAACACAGGUGGUCUGCAGAGAGGUAUAAGCUGGCAGAGAAAAAUCUACUGGAGGUAAUGAAGGCCAAGGGUGCUGUGUUUGGGAAGCCAAUUCUCCGGGCAGCGCUGAGAGCGGAGGCUCGCAAGCGAAUAGGGGACACGGGUCUGCUAGACCACCUCCUAAAGCACAUAGCCGGGAAGGUGGCUCCUGGUGGUGCUGAUCGGUUCCGGAGGCGGCACAACCCAGAGGGAACUAUGGAGUAUUGGUUGGAGAGUGCUGAGCUCUCUAAUAUAAGGAAAGAGGCUGGGGUUGAAGACCCUUUUUGGUACCCACCACCAGGUUGGAAGCCUGGUGAUUGCCCCACCCAGGACCCUAUCUGUGCCAGAGAAUUGAAGCAGCUCAAGGAACAGACUUCCAAAGUAGAAAGAAAAAUGGAUGACAUGGUAUCCAAGAAAGAGUUGGAGGAAGAACUUGCCAAGCUAAGGAGGGAGAUGGAAGAGAUGCUAUUAAAUAGGCAGCAAAAGGCACAAAGUACUCAAGCCAUUGUGGUUUCAAAUUCUAGUGUCACCAGUCAGAAGUUGAAUCUUGAUUUUUCAUUGGAGAAGUAUGAGGAACAACUAAUGACCAUUUCAAAAUUUCUAAGUGAUAUGAAGGAACAAACAAGGAAACUUAUAAGUUCCAAGGGGGAAGAAGCAACUACUACAAAGUCAGACUCAGCAUUAAUGGUGUACACAGAGUCCUGUACUGAAAAAGAGAAAAAGAAAGAAGAUAAGGCCGGCAAAGCACUGGUAGUAGUACAACAAGGAGGAGGUGAUCAGAGGAAGACAAAUACAGCAGCUGAAGUAGCAGAAAACACAGCUGCAGAGGAAAAAGCAGCAAAGCUUCAAAGGCUGAAGAGUGGGUUCAGAAUCUGCAAGCCUCAGGGGACAUUCCUGUGGCCAAACAUGGUCCAUAACAACAAAAACACCACCACCAUGUUGUCCCCUCAGGUCUUGAUCCCUACCCCACCUUCAGUCAAUUCCUCCACCCCACCUCAGCUGAUCCACCACCACCACCACCACCCAACCUUGGCCGAGAAGCGCCGUGCCGUCAAGGUCACAGUCUCCACUGUCUCUAAAACUCCCAUGUCUGAUGUUGAGGACAACAGUUGCUCUCCCACUACUACAACCUCCACCCUCAUCAACCUCAAUGAGUUACCCACUAAUUACCCUUUGCCUAUGAGAGAGAUGAGUCACUCAGAGAUGGAUGGGAGUUCUAGGAGUAGCAAUGGAACUGGAGGGGAUUAUUAUUAUAAUAAGAUUGGCUACAGCACUAGGCAGAAGGAGAGUUCAAGUUUGUCAAAGCAGCAUCAAGUGGGGACCUGGUUGGCUCUGGGUUCUCCCAACCCUGCAUUGGACUACCCUAACCGUGGAUAA